AUGGCGAUGCCUGCACCAGACGGAGUUGCAGGAGGAUCCCUUCAGGCCCUGAUAGGGAACCUGUCGGCAGCAGCGCAAGCUUUGGCAAGUGCUGCAGGUACAGGAAGUACCAGAAGUUACGACUCUGCAGCUAAGCUGGUGAAGAGUCCGGAUGUGUUUGCUCCAAAGAAUCUGGAGGAGGAAGUUUCACAGUGGCCAGAUUGGAGUUUCAGUUUCAAAGUGUUUGUGGGCUUCAUUGAUCCCACCUAUGCAGAAGAGUUAAAGAAAGUGGAGCUGGUAGAAGAGGAAGGAACCCAUCAAGGAGAUCACGAGAAGAGUUCCUCUAGCAAUGCCCCUCCUACGAAGAAUGAGACUGGUCAAGUGAGGCAGAUCACAGCUGAAGCAGCGCGCCAAGCAAGAAGAGUUGAGAUGACACAAGAGUGGAACGAUGAAGAUGAAGAGCUCAACUUUGUGAGAUUGUGUCAAGAGUUUGAAGGUUUGGUUCAAGGAGAGCUGAGAAGAGUUGAGGAGUUUGAUAUCUCUUCGAGCGAUGAAGUGGAAGAGAUCGAGGAAGAACCGACUGAUGGUUUGAUGGAGUGGUAUCAAGGAUGGUGGUUCUUGGAAACAGAAGUUGAAAGAAGUGUGAGAAUGGUUUCUGAAGGAGAUGAAGUGAGAAGAACAGCAAGAGAAGUGGAUGCAUGUGAGGUAGUGCUCGACAGUGGAGCUGACUGCCAUGUGUUGCCUAUGGAUUGGGCAGAAGAAGUCGGAGAAACUUCGAACUUUGAGUACCAUCUGAAAGAUGCGCAAGGGAAAGUGAUCCCAACGUUGCCUGUGAGGCAGAAUGUGACGUUUGUUUUCACAAAGGAGUCUGGAAAGAAGUUGAAGAUCACUGACAGUGCUGUUUGCGGCAAUGUCACCCAACCUUUGUUUGCGGUAGGAAAGAUGUGGAAGCUAGGAUGUGUAUACGGAGACUUGAAGGAGAAGAGAUGA